AGCAGCCUGUGCAGCAGCCUCAGCGACGCAACACAACAACAGCCCCUAUCCCCCAAAACACCCUCCCCCCAAAGGAAGCUUCUCCCCCCCACCACCAUGUCGCUCACUCCGCCCGCCUCUCCUCCGUCCAGUCCACGCCCACAGUUCCCCCAAAUAUCGCGACAAAACUCCGCUGUCCGCCAACGGCCACCGCCAAAGCACCCAGACGACAUCAUCCCCACCUCCGCCUCCCAAACAACCCCCCUCUGGUCCGUCUUCUCCCUCAACCCCGCCUCCUCCUUCGCCCUUACCGCCCCACGCGGCGAACCCACCCGCCCUUGGCCAACCCUGUUCCCGCUCUACCCUCACCUCGGCAUCCCGCUUCUCAUUGUCACACUCAUCGUCAGUCUGCCCAUCCUCUCAUUCACAUGGCCGAUUGUACUCGCCCUGUACCCGCUAUAUUACCUCCUCACCUACGUCUGGCGCGCAAACCACUACGGACAUACCCUCCACCCGGUCCCCUGGAACGAGGCGUGGAAGGUUCUCCCGCCCGCCAACGCAAAGAACGCCCCCGGGCUCCCGCCGAGUCUCUACGGAGUCUGGCAGAUGAGUGGCAACCCGUUGCCGGAUGCGUUGAUGACGUUUGCGGGGGGCGUGCCGAGUGUGGUCGAGUUGGGUGAGGAUGACGUGGGGAUCCAUGAGGGACCGAAAAGGAAGAGGGCGAGGAGGAUGCAGAGGAGGUAUACCUUGAAGGUGUAUGAGCAGAAUACUUGGACUUGGCAUGGAGAUAUCUUUGGGACGGCGCUUUAUCAUGAGGUUAAGAGGAAUCGACUGAGAUAUGAGGGGAGGUUUAGUGAGGACCUGAAAUACGCGCAAAUCUACCCAAUAGUAACCAUCCCCUUCGUCGACCAAGACGUCGUAGUCCCGCCCUACCUCGCCUGCUUCACUCUCCGAGAGGUCGGCGAAGGCCACUGGAUCCGCGAGAGUUGGUUCUUUUGCAUCCGGAUGCUCGAUUACCAUUUCGUGAGGGUUGUGGAUGAGAAGGGGAGGAGGGAUGAGGAGAGGUGGGAUAUGUGUAGUCGGAGUCGGGUGCCGGGGCGCACGAUGUUGGUUGCGAAGAGUGUGCCUUCGACAGAGAGCGUGGGUAAGAGUAGGGCGAAAGGCAGGACGACCGACGGAGGGAGGAAGUGAGGAAGGAUAUAUUUGUUGAGACGAUAAGCUUUUAUUUUUGGACUUUCUUAUGCCGUUGUGUACUGUACAUCGUUCGACGCUUUAGAGGGAACUGGAGAAGGUACAGUUCUCGACGGACCACACAUUCACAUUCCCGACGUUCAUAUCCUUAUUCAUGUUUAAUACGUUUAAUGGCAUCUCAUAACAUAUCACAUU